UAAGACGGGACAGCCUGUGGUGGCUUUCCCUGAAGGAGUGAAUACGAUGGCAGAUAAUGGAAUGGACAAAUUUGUAACCGGUAUGCUUUUUGGCGCGGUAGUAGGAGCGGCAAUAGGAAUGUUGGUAGCUCCGAAACCUGGCAGCGAGACCAGGCAGUUGGUGCGCGAGCGGGCCGGAGAAUACAUCGACGUAGCCAAGGAGCGGGCCAGCGAGUAUGCGGGUCCGGUGCGCGAGCGGGCCGGCGAAUUUGUAGGCACCGCCCGGGAACGGGUAGGCAACAUGCGCCGGCGCAACAAUCAGGAUACCGUCGAGGAACAGGCCGCAGUGCUGGAAGAAGAGUAG